AUUUCCCUUGAAGCGGCGCGAAUGCGUCCCUCCACUCUAGUACUGUGUCACCAUGGCAGAAGAGCAUCACCUGCCUCGAAUAACGCAGCCUUCGCCACGUGGGUCGUCCGUCAUCUACUCGGGACGUCAGGUGCCGCUAGUGGACUUGGCUUUUCAAGGCGGAGACUUCAACGAGGGCCAUCGUAGUAUGCCGUCGUCCAGAUCGUCGCGAUCUCGACAUGAAGACGAGUACGUGGCUCCAAGUACCAGUCGAGUAUCCAAUGGAGACAAUAUUCAAGCUGCAUUGCCUCGUACAGCUGCCUCUUGGCACGCAGGCAACGGCAGUGCAGUCGCUUAUGAGUCUUUGCCCCUGACGGAUGAGUCAGCAAUGAUGGAAGCGUCAGAUCCUGCGCUUUUCCAAGCUGCAGUAGAGGAACAUUCACGAAGACUGGGGAUUGAUCCUAAACAUGACGCUGAGUUUCUCUGGAUUGCAAGACAGUCGCUAGUUGCUCCAUUACCUGAUGGCUGGUACCAUGUUACAGCAACGGAAACAGGGCAGCCGUACUACUACAACGAAAUCUCGGGCGAGAGUCGAUGGGAUCACCCAAGCGACGAUCAUUUCCGGCAACUUUUCAGAGAUUUAAAGCAGAAACAAUUGCUACAAGGCAAAACUCACGCCUUCCGAGACCCUCAUCCAGCGGGAUAUUAUGAUACAGGUGGAUAUCAAUCUGGAACGGCGUGGCAGGAGAACGAGCAGGAUCAUCACUAUGCGGCGCAAGCGCAACAAGGCUGGGAUCGACGGCAAACGCAAGGUUAUUAUCAAGGAUAUGAGGCGUCAUAUAAAGUUCCUCAAACGCAAGUGUACUCGUCACGAGAAGAAGUGAGUUACUCUGCUGCAGACACAGUGAGCACGUCUGUGUCGUCAAAUGUACAGCAAAAUGGUACUUCUCAAGGAAACAGCCAACUUGUUAACAAGUUGCAGGAGAUGGAGGAGCAAAAAGCUAAAGAUGACAAGGCUAUCACGAGCAUGAAGACGGAAAUUAAUGAGUUUAAACGACAACUUGCUGGUCAUGAUGGAGCGUUGGAAGCUGAGAGGAGUAGAGUUAAUGAGCUCGCUGGAGAAUUGACCAAUCUCAAGCAGCAGAUGGAGGAGAGUAUGAAAGAACGUGAGCAAGUUAUACUGGCGAACCAGACGCUUAAGAGUGAGUUAUCGUUGGCACGAACCGGGAUGGAAGGGAAUACUAAAGCCCACGAAGAGCUGUUGGAAGCUCAGCAAGCACUCACGCAAGAGCUAGCACUUGCUGAGGCAAAACUGAAGGAGUUACAGGUACAGCAGCUUGGAGAGACUGAGGGUGUCGAGAGUCUACACAGUCAGCUUUUAAGUGAGCAGAACGCAAAGGCCCAACUUGAGCACCAGCUCGAACAAGCUACAAAACAUCAAGCCGGAAUGACCAGGAAGUUCGAGGCUGCACAAGCUACUAUUCGACAAUUACAGGAAGAUCUAUCAAGGAAGCGCGAGAGCGAGCAGAAAGAGAACGAGAAAAUCAUAGCGGCUGCGACGGCUACGGCAACGAUCAAGGUUAUCAGUGACCAACUUGCCGACAAGGAGAAAGAGCUGGAAGCUGAGCGAGCGCGAGUUGCCUCUUUAGAGCAAGAAAUUGUUCAGCUUAAAACGAGUCAAAUUUCGGCACAAGAGACACUUGAACAGGAUCUCCAAAAUCAGCUUAAUGUUUCGGCAGCUGAAGCAGAAGCACGUCGGAAGGAACUUGAGACUGUGAAGGUCAGUUUGGCAUCCAUAACGGCGGAAAAGGCAGUGUUGGGCAAGCAGCUUGAAGAGUCCAAGAUCACUAGCACCGCGCAAAUUAGCGAUCUGGAAGACCAGCAGCGUACAUUAAAACGUGAAUUCCGGGCCAUGGAGCGAGAACUCAAGACGCAGCAGAGUACGAUAAAGGUGCGUGACGACGAACUGGUAUCGCUAAAGCAAGCGCUGGAGAUCGCCGAGUCAAAGCUUUCAUCAGUAGCGCAGACUAUCCAGAAAGAACGCAUGGAAGCCUACAACGAAGCUCAACAAGCCAGCGCUGAGAUUGUACGUCAAGCUAACGAGGAGAAGGCACGUGUAGCUGAGUUGUACACACAAGAGAUGAUGGCUCGACGGAAGCUUCAUAACAGACUAAUGGAGUUGCAAGGCAAUAUCCGCGUUUUCUGUCGAGUACGUCCUGUUCAACCGGUGGAGAUGAAGAGCGAGCAAUCCGCUUUAGCCGUCUUCUUUCGCGAUAACGAUCAUGAAAGCCUCGAUCUCUUCGUCGGCAGUGAAGCUGGGGACAAGGCCAGCCAGGUCGGCCAAAAGCACGCGUUCGAGUUCGAUCAUGUGUUUCAACCAGAGAGCACCCAAGAACAAGUCUUCGAACAGACUCGCGCUCUGGUAGUGAGUGCAUUAGAUGGCUUUAAUGUUUGCAUUUUUGCGUAUGGUCAGACCGGAUCAGGUAAAACCCACACGAUGGAGGGACCAGAACAUGACCGCGGCGUCAAUUUCCGAGCACUCCGUGAGCUUUUCUCCAUCCGAGACGAUCGAAUGGCUGCCGGGAACUUCGAGUGCUCUAUGAAGUUAAGUAUUCUGGAGGUAUAUAACGAGACUAUCGUGGAUCUGCUCGAAGGAGGUGGUCGUACACCCGGUGCAGCAACGCCAGGCGUCGUAAAGGGUCUGGAUGUACGCGUUGGGAAGCACGGUGUGUAUGUUGAAAACCUGAUUGAAGUGGAGGUGUUUAAUGAGGGCGACGUGCUCGACCUUAUGCGGUUGGGUCACUCGCAUCGCAGUGUCGGCUCGCACGACUUCAAUGAGCACUCGAGUCGCUCUCAUCUCGUGUUGUCUAUUACAAUCGAGACUGGUACGAAGUCUGAUGCUCGACGACGAAUCUCAAAGCUUCACUUAAUCGACUUGGCCGGAUCUGAGCGUGUAAGUAAGACGGCAGCCAGUGGACAGCGACUGAAAGAAGCGCAGAAUAUCAAUCGUUCACUAUCCGCCUUGGGAGACGUGAUUGCUGCCCUUGGUGCCAACAGUAAACACGUGCCGUAUCGAAACUCCAAGCUCACGUUCUUGCUGCAAGACUCGCUGAGUGGCAACUCGAAGGUGCUCAUGUUUGUGAACGUGAGCCCAGUGCAAUGGAAUGCAUGGGAGACGCUGUGCUCCCUCAACUUUGCGUCACGUUGCCGCAGUGUUGCUUUAGGCCAAGCAAAGGCAUCGACAGCAAGUAGUGGACCUGGCCACGGCAAUGGAAUGCAAGCCACAAUGAGUAUGAGCGCUAUGAUGCCUGGACGGUCAAUAGCUCCAGGCACGAGACCAGUACCAAGUCGAUGAUAAGGCAACAAAUAAUAGUAAAACACACUGACGAAGGAUAGAACACAAUUAUAUUUUGCUAAUUACUAGGGAGGACAACUAAUCUUUUACUUGUUGGUGAGUUCCACA